UCAGGUAUUUAUCUGUCAGACUUGACGUAUAUUGACUCUGCCUACCCAUCAACAGGGAGCAUUCUGGAAAGUGAACAAAGAACAAACUUAAUGAACAACAUUCUUCGAAUUAUCUCAGAUUUACAGCAGUCCUGUGAAUACGAUAUUCCUCUGUUGCCUCAUGUCCAAAAAUAUCUAAAUUCGGUGCAGUACAUAGAAGAACUACAAAAGUUUGUAGAAGAUGACAAUUACAAACUUUCAUUAAAGAUAGAACCAGGGACCAGCACACCCCACUCUGCUGCUUCCAGAGAAGAUUUAGUAGGCUCUGAAGUCGGAGCAUCCCCGCAAAGUGGGCGCAAGAAUCUUGCAGCUGAAGGAGCCCUGCUACCACCAACACCCCCCUCUCCUAGGAACCUGAUACCACAUGGGCAUCGGAAGUGUCACAGUCUGGGAUACAAUUUCAUUCACAAGAUGAAUACAGCUGAGUUUAAAAGCGCAACAUUUCCCAACGCGGGACCAAGGCACCUACUGGAUGACAGCGUCAUGGAGCCUCAUGUCCCAUCCCGAGGACAGGCAGAAAGCUCCACCCUUUCUAGUGGAAUUUCAAUAGGUAGCAGUGAUGGUUCUGAACUCAGUGAAGAGACGUCCUGGCCAGCAUUUGAAAGGAACAGGUUGUACCAUUCUCUCGGUCCGGGGACAAGAGUGUCACGAAAUGGCUAUCGAGGCCACAUGAAGGCCAGCAGCUCUCUAGAAUCUGAAGAUCUGGCUGUUCAUUUGUAUCCAGGAGCAGUUACUAUUCAAGGUGUUCUCAGGAGGAAGACUUUGUUGAAAGAAGGCAAAAAACCUACAGUAGCAUCUUGGACAAAAUACUGGGUAGCAUUGUGCGGAACCCAACUCUUUUACUACGCUGCAAAAUCUCUGAAGGCUACAGAGAGAAAACAU